GUGCUCAUCAAGUUUGGGUGGAGCACUUCGCUGUAUCCCUUUGACGGAGAGGACAGAGGUUUUUGGUGUUUUUUUUAAUCUGGUAUCCAGGCUAUAAUGGCGAAGAACUGCAAUUCUCUAGGGAUUCCUCUUGCCCACAUGAGUCAGGCAGUGUCAGAUGGAGAGCUGAACAUGACUGCGCGGGGCUGCGGAGGCAGCAGCUCCAGCCUUCCAGGGACCCCAGGAGGGGAUGUCAACUCCGCCAACAGUGUGCUGAGCUGGGCCGUCUCUUUUGAGAAGCUGUUGGAAGACCCCCAUGGGGUCUGUUACUUUACGGCCUUUUUAAAGUCCGAAGUGAGUGCAGAGAACAUUUUAUUCUGGCAAGAAUGUGAAAAGUUCAGGAAGAUUCCAGCCACAUCUUUGGAUCAGUUGAAAGCAGCAGCUCGCUCCAUCUAUGGCACUUACCUGUCUGACAGCGCUCCCUACAGUGUGAACAUCGAUGACACUGCCAAGACAGAGGAGAAAGAUCUGGAGAAACCCACUCCUGACAUGUUUAACAAAGCUCAGGCUCAGAUUUUUAAAUUGAUGAAGAUGGACAGCUACCGGCGCUUUGUGCGCUCUCCUCUCUAUCAGCGUUGCAGCUUGGCAAGUGUAGAAGGUAAACAUCUACCUCAGCUCUCGACAGAGCCCGUCCGCAUGGGGUCAUGGGACGACAUGGCCAACAAGAGCCCCACAAGUGACAAGAAGAACAGGAAGUCCGACUCCAAUAGUCUACCAAGUGGUACUAGUGUCUCAGAGAAACAGCGACAGAAAAGAGGAUCCUGGGGAGAUGCAUCAAACGGCUCAGGUCCUCUGAAGCAGUCAAAUAUGUCGAUCAAAUCAACCAGCAGUGUGGAGCUUGGCUCCCUCUGCAGACAGAUGGAGAACGGUCGGCCGGGUCCCACCUCCCGCGAUCAGGCUGCUGGCAUCGGGAGCCGUAUGGGGGUGGAGGGGGGUUACUGCUGUGUCUACCUGCCCGACGGCAGCGCCUCCCUGGCCCCUACACGUAAUGGGCAGCCCAUCAAGGACAUGCUGGCCAGCCUGUGUGAGAAAAGGGGCUUCCCAUUAAAAGACGUGAUGAUUUACCUUCAUGGCAAGGACAAGCCCUUGUCGCUGGACCAGGACUGCUCCGUGCUCAGAGAUCAACAGGUCUCUCUUGAGCUCAGGGUGACGUUUGCGUUGGAGAAUGCCUUUACUGGUAAAACAGUGGGAAUCAUGGUGAAGUCCAGUAAAACACUGCAGGACGCCCUCUGUUCAGUGAUGCAAAAGCACCAUCUAAAGCCGCAAGAGACAGCGGUCACCAUGGUUGGUAGUGACGAGCCUGUGAACCUGAACUGCUCUGUGUUCAGACUAGCCAAUAAGACGCUGCGGUUGGAAAAAGCCAAAGGUAAAGAGCAGACCAUUAUUCCCAGAGGAGGGAGUUCUUCUCCUACUGCACAGGCAGGAUCAGGGAGUGGAGGCCUGGAGCCUCGAUCAUCGACUCAGACCGACAGAGUCCGGACGCAGCAGAGACCCAGUAAGAACCGCGACAUGGACGGAUUUCUGGACAUGCUGACCAGAGCUCAGUGCUGCAGAGUAGAUGACCAGCGAGGCCUUCUGACCAAAGAACAGCUAGAGAUCCCUUCAUUCCUGCAGCUUUCUUCAGACCAGGGACAGAAUACAGACGAUUCCAGUGUAACCAGCUCUUCCACUACCGACUCCAAAACAGAGUCAGGGGACAAUGCAGAUGCUCCAGCUCCGGCUCCAGCUUCGGCUCCAGCUCCAGCUCCGGCUUCGGCUCCGGCUCCAGCCAAUAAAUCUGAGGAAAGUUCUGAUGCUCCUAAAUCUGAAUCUAAAGACUUGAGGGAAACAACAGUUUGACGCAGAAUUGUGUGGAAAGACAAAGUCUUAAAACCCGUUGAAUAUCUAACAGAAAUGUGAUCUGAUUUAUGUAAAAAGAUAGUUGUUGGUCCAGAUGCACUUUCUUUAAUGAAUAAGCUCACACUUGGCAGUAUUUUCUUUGGCCUCAGCCUUUGAUCAAAUGGGCUUUUGAAGGCAAGUGUAGAUGGGUGAAAACAUUCUGGCAAACAUUUGUGUAAUUUCUAAAACACUACAGAUCUUCCCUGGAGAAUGUUUGCUGCGAAUCUAUACUGCACCCAUAAAUGUAUAAAACGUUUAACCUUAAAAUUGCACCCUGAAACAUGUUGUACAGAUUAAUUCACCCUCGAACCUGCAGUCGACUCUAAAGCAUACGUGUAUGUCUGCAGAGGAAGCAUGGACUGUUCUGAGUAGCCCUGUUAAACGUGCCUUGCAUGUCUGUGUCUUAUGAUUUCUAAAUAUUUUAUGAAGAUUAGCUUUUAUUACUUGAAAUAUGUGUUUUCUUGUGUGGGCACUUGUUUAUUUGUAAUGCAUGUUUUGCAUGGUUUGUUGUGAAGGCACUUUGUGAAGCUCUGGUCAUGCCUCGUUCCCUGCCACUUCCAAUUGCAUUUCGGGAUUCCUAAAGUGUUAAAGGGUGACAGAUUCAGUGUUAUGUUACCUAGCAAAACUUUUAACCGACUCUGUUAAUUUGUUUGCUAUGAAAGGCGUUAUAUUUUUCAAUAAAUCCGAGGUCGGUUUCUGCCUGAAAGAACUGGUUCGUGAUUUGGUUUAAAUUAUACAUUCAGCAUGCUGUAAGAUGACUCGAGCUCAGUGGAGUGACUGGAUGAGUCAUGCUCAACAAUACAAGACUGAUCCAUCUGAGUACCUGCAAACUCUUUUUAUAUAUCCAUUAUUAUUUUUUUUUUGGUUUAUCCUGAUAAAGGAAAACUUCCUCCUACAUGUAACGUCAGUGAUGAUGAUCUUUGCAGAGUUAUGAUUGGUUCCUUGGAUAAGUUUGUAGCGAAUGAACUGCUUUUUAUUUCCCAAGACUUGUUGCUGGAUGGGGGUUUGCCAUUUUUCUGUGAUGGCUAGGUAUUAUGCGAGUUACAAAACCUGUUAGAUGACUCAUGGAUGAUCUCAUCCCCCUGGAUGACGUCAGCAGUGUAUAUAUUUCAUAGUAUGUGGCAGCACGUGGUUUUGGAAUGCAUCCCAUCUAACAUGCUUGUUUAGACCAUUACAUGCAAUUGUUAUGGUUGCAAUUAAGCUCGAGAGAAUGAACGGCACUACAUUAAUGUGCAAAGUGUUCAGGCAUCCGUAGCACACCUGGCAUUUGCGUGUUUGUGUGUUUGCACGUCUAGUCGUGCGCGAGUGGUGCGUCGGUGGAGCUAUGAAUGGGCAGAGAGGGGUGUUCUCUCACACACACCGUCACAGCUCUGGGAUGAGGAGUGCCAUCUACUCUACUGCACGUCUGCUGUGCUGCUGAGAGGAAAGAAGACAAAGGGGGAGAGAAGGAGGUGAGCGUUUUGAGUUUUUCCCCAGAAUGUUUUAUUUUUUUAUAUUUAUUAAUUUAUAACAGGAUUUUUAAAGGUUGCUUUUGCAGAGUGUAUUUUGUUUGUCCUUGUCACUCCCAUCUUUCAUCCUUCUUGCCUGUCUGUCAGACAGCACAUAACUGAGCUUGAUGAAAUGCAUUUAUCCUGUCUGAUGAACCUCAUGGUUUGUCAUUUCUUUUUCACUGCUUCAUUUGGUUGGAGUUUGUUGCAUGCUUUAUUUGAUUGAAUUUAAAACUGUCAAUACUUAAAAAUAUUAAUGAUGGAUGCAUAAGGGUUUUCAAAAAAAAUAAAUCUAUUCUGCGCUUAGUGACGGAUGCCUGACUGAUUAAAAUGAUUUCACAUUCUUUUUAGCAGUUCUCGGGUGAAAGACACGUGGCCCAGCUGUUAGUCGGACAGGGAGCAGCUGUGCUGGGCGACUGACUAAAUUCAUCCUGUUGGGGUGCGAGGUCAGGGUGCUGAGUGUUCACCUGAACGUGGGAAAACAGAUGUCUAGUUACUCUCAGUUUCUAUCUUCUCACAACUCCAAUGUUAUCAGAAUUACUGGCCACCUUCUGACCUUGGAGCUCGUUCAUCUCUGUUCGUUGUGAAGUAAUGAUGUCAGACUGAGGUUAGGAGCUCUUUGUCUUGAUAAUUUCAUGUAAAGCUUAUUUUUGAUUAAUAAAAUGAACUCUAGCUGGUUGGGUAUGAAGAAGGUUCCAUGUUGGGAGACUCUUUAUUUAAGAAAAAUUAUUUAAGGCAGAGCUACUCCAUGCCGCCAGGAGCUAUAAUAUAGUUUUAUGACUACAGGAAGCUAAUCAUGCAUUUUAAGCUCAACCUCUUCGUUUCGUAUUUUAAUUCGUGGCCAUUGAGUUAAAUACUGCUGACCUUACUCUUUUAAAAAAUAGGACAAUAUCUCUGGAACAGAUUAGCUUUCCAUCCUAUGAGUAUUUCAUUAAGAGUCUUAAAGCUUCUACUUUGUUUUUAGUUUUAUCUUCCUCAAAGCGUCUUUGAAGAAGUGGUGGUGGUAGGAGGAAGUGUUUAACCAGAAAGACUGCUGUUUUCUAACAUUUGGUGCCACUAAAGAAAUGUUCACUCUCUGAACAUUUCCAAAUUUUACCUGUCAAGACCAUAAAAUUCAAAGCAGACUAUUGGGAUUUUAUGUAAUGAAACAACCCUGUUCAGAAUUUUGAAGUGGGAGGAAAAGGAUACACGGACUCAGCAUAAAAACACUCUACAUUUUAAUUCUUUUCUGAGAUAUUUCAAGCUCAAAUUGAAAUGUUUUUUUUUUUCUGAACAUAUAUCUUAAUCUAAACCCUUCCAUCAUUCCAUCCCCACCAACAAUAUCUCUGCUCAAGAGCAUCUUUACAGCAUGAUGUCGUCACCACCAUCUUUCACUGUGGGAAUGGUGUGUUCAAGGUGAUGUGCAGCAGUUUUUCAACACAAAGUUUUGAAUGUUUCAGUCUUAUUGACCUUGUUUGUUUGCUGUUCUCUUUGUGGCUGCAUGUCUUGCCAUUUUCCAAAAUAUCCUGUUAAUACAUUCUCUCACGUCGAGCUGCUCCUGGCUGCUUCUCUAAUUAACGCUUUCCUUGAACACCUUGUCAGUAAAGGUCGACGGUAAUGACUUGGAUGCCAUUUGUGCCAUACUCUUUUUAUUUUAUGAUGGAUUAAAAAGUAAUCCACAAGCUGUGGAAAAUAAACCUUUGAUGCCAUCACAGAAUAGUAGUUAGCAUAGCAUCCUUAAAAUAAUAAUAAUAACAAUAAAAAGCAAGGAAAACAUGACAUGAAAAAUAAAACAGAAGGGUGCAAAUGUAAAUCAGCAUACACAAAAACAGGAAAAGAAUACAGCUCCAAUCUGCUUAAGAGCCAUUCUGAAUAAAUGAGUCUUUAGCUGCUUCUUCACAGGCAGAAAGAUGAAUGCACUUCAUUCCACAACCUUGGAGCCACCGCUCUACAAGAUUUAUCUCCUCUUGUCUCAAAAUAUGUGUGGAACCACUAAGAUCCUCUUCCCAGAACAUCUCAGACUGAGAGGAGGUGUGGAGCUCUAAAAAGCAAGAGAUAUUAACUAUAGAUUCACUCUAAAAGUGAGAACUAAGAUUAUAAAAUAAGUUCUAAAAUAUAUUGAUAGCCAAUGUGAGAAGAGACCCUCUUCUCAAAAAAGCCUUGCAGCUGCAUUCUGUAGUCACUGGAGAUGGUUAUGAUCCUUCUUUUCAGUCACUUAAAGAGGUUGUUGCAACACAGUCAUAAAGAGGCAUUGAUGAUCAUCUUCAGCUUUUGAAAGCAGAAGUCAAAUUUUGGAAACAUUUCUUGACUGAGAAAAACGGUUUCUGAUUAAUUCUCAAAAAAGAUGCUCCAAGGACAAAGAUAGCAUCAAGCUUUCUGAGUUUGUCUUGGACAGUAGAGUGCAAUACAUCAAAGUGAUGUUUGAUUUCAGAUAUUUGGCUCUUAGAGGCAAUAACGUUUCCAUAUUCUCACAGUUCAUCUGCAGCUUGUCACAAAGCUUCUGUGUAAAACUUGUAAAGCAUUUUUAUCAAAGGGCAAGCUGUAAAUAUUCCUUCCAGCCAUUGUCUAUACUCGCUUGUCCUUGUAGGGUCUCCUUCAUCAGACAGGAGCCAGCCUACAUGCCAGAGCGACACAAACACAUCCCUCCACACACACCAAUGAAGCUAAGGGUUGUGUCUGGAGAGUGGGAGGAAGCCAGACAGAACCCAUGUAUGCAAGAGGAGAACAUGCAAACUCCAUGCAGAAAGACUGAGAUUCAAACUCCUUACCUUAAAGCUGCAAAGCACCUUUGCUACCAAUUGCACCUUUUUGUUGCCACUUUAAAUAUUCAAUUGGUUUAAAAUAUAUGAUGCAUGAAACUUGUGUCACUUCACACAGAACUAGAUGGUGGAUUAGGUGACUUGUAAAGGGGAUUUUCUUUCUAGAGUAAUCAGAAUAAUUGGGGCACAAUAGAAAUAAAUUGUUUUUAGACUAUAACUACAACAAAUCUUCAACAACAGUGUAAUUUCUUCUUUCCACUUCAAAAUUAUGCUCUGAUUUUUGUUGUCACAUAAAAGUCUAACAAUGUAAAUAAUAUCUAUAAGAAGUAUAUCUAUAAUGUGACAUUAUUAGACGCUUAUUUACUUUUGCAGAGCAUUGACUGAAUUUUUAACCCUUCAUAACCUAACAGAGAUUAUUAAAUAUUUGCACUUUGCUCAAAUGAUUUCAUCAGUGACAUGUUUCUGUAUUUCUUUAAAAAAAAUAGAACUUUCCUUCCCUCAGUUUCACCUCUGUGUAGGUUUGCUUUACAUACAAUGGAUAAUUUCUUUAUUGAGACAAACGGAAAGUGAAACAACAAAUCGUUUUUAUUUAGGUCAUCUCCCUGAGUGAGCUGGCCAGAGACAGCACUUAGGACUUACUGAAUGCCUCCCCUUCCAUCAAGGUUGAAAUUAUUCUCCUCUGCCUCCUUCAAAGCCCCGUAAUGCACAUUUAGAGGAAGUGUGCAGAGCUCAGCUGCUGGUUUCUUACCCCUGGGUGUGCUAACUGAAGCCUGUAUGAAAAAAGAGUCAGAGCACUCCACUGAGUCACUUGUGUUGGCAUGUUUUAGAUAGCAGGCAGGUCCAGUCCGUAUCUGUUCCACUUCAAGAAUGCUUUUGUGUUGGGGUUCCCUGCAGCAUCGAAUGUUAACCGGCUGUGACCACUGACGUCAGUCGUCACAGUGGGUGAAGGAACUCCUGUCGCUCAGUAGCCAUUCAUUUUUCAUGAGCUCCUGAAAAGAGCAUCACGGUGAUAGUUUUGUUUUAGUCAAAUCCUUUCCUUUUAUUCCGAUAAUGUUCUUAUGAGGUCUCACUUAAAGAGAUGCAUCUAUUCUGUAAAACCUUAUGCACCUAAUAAAUGACUGAUUUAAAUGUGAGCACAAAUUGUGAUAAUUUCUCAUAAAACUUAGUAGUUUGCUUUAAUGAAAAAGGCAUUAUUUGUACUUUCUAGGAAUGCUAAAGUGUUUGCUUUUUUUUCACCAAAGCAGCUUUGCAGAGAACCUGAGCUUAGAAGCUAUUCUUCAUCUGCUAAUAUUGGUCCUAAGUUGCAAUGAAAAGCUGUAGAAAUACAGACUUACUGGAAGUUUAUUUUUUUACUUUGACAGUUUUUUUUUGUUUUUUUUAUCUGUAAGACAGAUCUAUAUGCUGUAGACGGCUGCAAUAAACCACAUCUUCAAAUGUGAACUCAGACCUGCCAAUAACAUUUCACCCAUGCAUCUUUGAUGGACUGUAUGAGAACUGACAGAGACAACAGAAACUGUCGGUCUGUUAUUUUGUUUUUUUUAAAUAAAGAAACCGUCUCUCACACCGUGACCUAAACCCCAAGGUGUUUAGUCCCUUGGCAGCAGGGCUCUUGACGCCAGCUGUGCCUCUGGCUGUGACUGUUGCUUUGUAUUCACUGUAGACUUUGGCUUUUCUGGGACUCAUUGUUUGUGCUGCAUUGGUGUGCAUGAGUGAAUGUUCUUUUU